UCCUGGUGAAACUUCAGACUACAGUCUACACGAAAGAUGGAGGGUUUAGGAGACGAGUUGACGUGUCCCGUGUGCCUGGAGCUGUACACCUGUCCGCUCCUGCUGCCCUGUCAACACAACCUGUGCCGCAGGUGCGCCGAGGCGUUCCUAGAGGCUCCCGCCGGUGAACCAGAGGGGGCGCAGGCCGCCUGCUCCUCGGAGCCAGCCCCUCCCUCCCCCGAGGACACACCGGGAAGUUUCGCCUGUCCGACUUGCAGAGAGGAGGUUCACUUGGGUGACCGAGGCGUAGACGGGCUGAGGAGAAACCUACUGCUUCAGAACAUCAUUGACAGGUUCAAACACGCGCAGUCGCAGUUGAAGCGGGACGCCGUGCCAUGUCUGGUGUGUGACGCAGCGCCCCCUAGAGACGCGGUGAAGAGCUGCAGCACCUGCAAGCUGUCUUACUGCAGGGAAUGUUUGCAACUGCUGCACCCAUCCCGUGGCGUGCUGGCCAACCACCAACUGGUAGCGCCCAUGGAGUCAUUUGAUGGCAUGCAAAAGACUGUGGUGUGUCCAGACCACAAGAACAAGCCCGUCGAACUUUACUGUAUGGAGGACAGCACUCCGGUCUGCUCUCUCUGCAAACUGGUCGGGAAACACAAAGAACACGACGUAGCUGCCUUGGAGGAGGUAUUUGAGAGCAAGAAGGAGGAUCUGCAGAAAGUCGUCGAAGAGAUGGAGGGAAAGAUGGAAAAAGAAACAACAAAAAUCAUAGAGCUUGAAACCAAGAAAGCAGCGAUAGAGAGUCACGGAGCUCAAGUGAAAUCACAAAUCCAAACGGAAUGCAAUGCGUUGAUAGACAUUAUCCGCGAACGAGAGGUCGCAAUGGUGGCGAAAGUAGACGAAGUAGUAAAAGAUGACACUUCCAAGAUCCAAACCUUCAUUGACAACUCUGAGAAGAAAGUGAAGAGUGCGACCUCAUGUCUGGCGUAUGCCAAGGAGGCUGUAAAAGAAACUGAUCCAGCUUGUUUCUUACAAUCAGAGCAGCUGGUCAGAGGCCGUGUGGAGCAAAGUACCAGCAUGUUUUUCGAUGAUGAAGAGCACACACGCAUUCCCACAGAUCGAGUCUCUGUAAACCUGAGUUCUGCGAAGAGUCUCAUGAAAGGCCUUGAUUUGCCACAUGCCCCGGUCAUUUCAUCAGAAAAGUGUAGCGCUACAGCGGGGGAGGUGACGGUGUCGUGGGACGCUGACGGCCAGGAUUCGGAUUCCAAGACUAGCUUUGACCUGGCUUACAUAGAAUGGGAGACAUCGGACGAUAGUGGAGUGUUCGAACUUCACUGUUCUUGUGAUGAUGAGUCCUCAGAUGACCCCGCGAUUAUUGUACAGAACAUACGCGGGAACUUUUCCGUCGUUCGCGGCCUCAGUUCUGACACAAAGUACAAGUUUCAGGUCUGUGCAACAGACGACAGUGGGGGUGGGGUGUGUCCAAGCGCGAGCGUCUCCAUGGUAACGCUCCCGUUCUUCUUCCGGUUCGACCCAGAAACGGCGGGAAAGCGGCUGCACCUGUCAGAGAGAAACACGAGGGCAGUGAAGGGGGAUGCGAUCCCCUCUCUCCCCGAGGUCCCGGGACGGUUCAAAACGUCCACGGUGUUCGGAGACGCGGCCGUGUCGGGCGGGAGGCAUUACUGGGAGGUCGGGACGGAGGACGCCAGGUACUACCUGCUGGGAGUGGCGUAUGGAGACGUGUCACGCGAGGUCAACGUCGGUGAGUCGGCCGGGGGGUGGGGCAUCGAACGGACAUCGGGCGACACCUACAAAGCGCACGAUGAAGGCAACUCUUGUGAAAUAAACUUCUCUCCCCACCCGGACAAGAUAGGGGUGAUUCUUGACUACAAUGCAGGGUUUGUGACCUUCCAAGACGCAAAUAGCAAGAAGGUCAUCCACACGUUCAAGGUCAAGUUCGAGCGGCCGGUUUACCCGGCAUUCUCUCUGUGGAUUGGGCUGGGAGGGAUAUCGUCCGUUCUUAAACUUCACACCGGAGUAUCCAUGCCUCAGUAGUAAAGGGAAUGUUGCAAAGAAAAAAACGAAUGUUAGAACUUAAAGCGGUGUCAAUAGAGACAUUAAACGGCAUCUGAAGCUUUGAGGGUGUAUGUAAAUGAGAUUGUAACUGUUGAUUCUGACAAAGAUAUGUGGUUUUAAAAAGUAACAGUAAAACAUAA